AUGACGAGUACGCAGCUACCGCCGCUCAAUUUCGGAGCAGGUGGUCUUCGCAUUUCCCUAUUCUCACCUACACUUCCCGAGCCUUUUGUCGAAACCGAAGCGCCUCAUCCGGACCAGGACAAGUCGGAAAAAGGAGACGAACUAGAACAAACCGAAUUGACACAACCACCCCUGACUCCUCAUAAUAUACCUAUUCAUCCGAUCCCAGCUCUCCAAGAGGCAUUCUCCGAGUCGCUGGAUGAAGCAACAAACGGGGUCCCGGGAGACAAGCCAAAGCUCAGAGAGUUGGAUGCCCGAGGACGUCGAGAGGCCCUAAUCACCCAGGAUCGAGGCGACGAUCCAUUCGACGCGAAAUGGCGCCUUCGACCCGGCCAAAAUCAACACGAACUCGUCAAGCUGAUUGGGCAAAUAUCCUUUGGCGUGUAUCUCCUGCUCAAUGGCAUGGCCAACAGCAAUGCUCAAGUCGUCAAUAUUCUACAAGGUCAUAUUGACGAAGUCGAUGAGUUUUUAGAAGUUGCACUUGAGGACCUCGCGCAGGCAAUCGAUGAUUUGAAUGAGCGCAUAGAACACUUGAAACUCCCACUGGCCAAUGUUCAGGUGUUUGAAGAGCUCCUCGAAGAUCGAAACUUCCGUCUUGAGAUUAUCGACGGCAAUGAAAAAAUUGACCACGUACUUUCCAGAACGAAUGCGGCCCUGAAGCAGUGGGAUGAGGAUAUCGAGGCUGGAUUGCAAUCAACCGCCGCAUUUACUAGCUGGCUCCACGACGAAGAAGAUGCAACCUGGAGAAUGGAGCGUCCUGACGUGGCCGAUAUAUUCGACGCCAUGAAGGGCAAUACGGAGGGUUGGUUAAGUGCCUUUGACGAUAUGAGUGAUCGUGUACAAGAAGCUAGUAAUGUCAUUGUGCGACUCUCAACCAUCAUCAGCGAGAUGGAGAAGAAGGCCGGAGAAGUCAGUCGUAGGACUUGGGCAAAUAUCCAGCCCUUUUCCGCUCCCACUUCCAGUUCUCAAGCACCAAACGACACAACCAAGUCUGUAUCUUCAUCGAGGCAGUCCCGCAACCUACCACUGCGGCAACACCAGCAUCAGUCCAGUGUUCAGAGUGUUGCGACCUCGACGAGAAGCGCGAGCACCAUUGGCCUUGACCUGGGGGAAGAAUUCCCUCUUCCCGGUGGACUCCCCCUACUUCCUCCUCAUCGCUCCCCUCUCCGCCGCACUCCUGGCAAUCAUUCUCGUACGCAGACACCUACACAAUCUGCUCCUCAGUCAAAGGCUGCGAGCAAACGAGCGGAUGCACCCAGCCCAAGCCCAUCCGCGAGCGAGGAACCACUGUAUGUACUCCAGCCUCGCACAUAUACCCCCCAACCCCAGGAACCUUCACCAUCCCCUGCGUUAAAGUCAGCCGGGACCUCUUCACCGAAACCUCAAGACCCAACACAAUCCCAAGACAAUGCGCUUGGUAUCGAUGGCCAGGGGGCUCCACAGGCCAGGUCCUCCAUUGUUCCCCAAGUAUCCCAAAAGACCAACUCCCCAGACACGAUGCAGAUUCCGCCGAGGCCUGUCCGGCCGCCAUCGCCUGGCCUUGGAACACCUCGAACUACCCAUUCGAACCCCUUGGAUUCAGCGUACGGCUCGGACUCAGAGUCCAUCACCCAACGGGCGGCAUCGCGGGCUGGCUCAGACGUUGGAAGAUCUCCUGCUCGGCCACACAUUACGCACUCGCCUCGAUCAGACCACCAGCAGUACUAUCGUCCCGUGCGUGCAUCACCACAUUCAGCACUGCAGCAGCGGCCUCACACUUCUGUCGGGUCUCGUGGGUCUUACAUGCAUCUGCGCAGUCAGCCAUCCGCUAUCGGUGGCAUGAGCACUCUGAGCAACGUAACAAAUGCAGUAUAUGAUGAUGAUGACAGAACCCAGUCCUCGGGCUCAAACACGACAGGACCAACGCUCCGGAAGAAGAAGAGUGCUUUUGGCUGGUUUAAGAAGGCGUUCAGCUUGGAUGAAGAGGAGAGGGCGGCAUAUGAAGCACGCAAGGCAACGGAAUAUCGGGAUCGCUAUUAUGAUCCCAACAGUCCCAAAUUUAUUGAUGGGCGAAGGAUAAGGUAG